AUGGGGUAUCUGGCAGGUCUUAAAAAGAAGGUCCAUUUGCAGUUUGAUCAGGCGAGCCAAAAGGUUAGGUUGACCUACUUAGCGUUUAAGCAGGACCCCACGGAGGCUAAUAGGAAAAAGUGGAUAGAGGAACGCCAGGUCUUUGAACACUGUGCUAAAGAGAGAGAAUUAUUGCGGAGCUCGGAGUUUGAGGCUAAGCUAUUCAAGUUUGGAAAUAAGUCAGGGAGGCUUCUAGCCAAUUUAGCGAAGGGUCAGAGACAGCCGCAGUAUAUUAACAGCUUAAAAAACUCUGCGGGGAAAAUCGUGCAUGAUCCGGCUCGGAUUAACUCCAUUUUAGGGGAAUAUUAUGAGCAUUUAUACAAAGACGGGGGGAAAGUGGAUUUGAGUGACACCCUCCUUGACAAAGUUGGGCUACCUAAGAUGACCGAGGAACAGCGGAGUGCUUUAAAUGCAGAAAUUACGGAGACGGAGUUACAGGGAGUGAUAAAGGGGUUGGGUAACUCUAAGGCUCCAGGACCGGACGCCCUGACCGUCCUAAUCAUGGGCAAACUCAACAAGGAGAGAGGUGGAGAGGUCUCCCAGAUGAUAAAGACAAAGAAGGCGCAUGGAGAUCUAGAUAAAUACCGCUACAAGAAGACGGCGUCUCCGGCAGUCAGAGGGAAGAUGGCGGCGGCGGAAGAUCAUGUUGCUGCCCUGGAUAUAGAUUCGGACGACGCAAGCUCCUGCGCUCCUUCGGAACUGCCGGAUGAAUCAGAUCCUGCUCCGAUCACCAGAGCCUUCCUGCAGCAUUCUUUACAGCAGUCCCUAGCUCAAGCCUUAUCCCCAGUGUUAUCGGAACUAGCGGUCAUCAGAACGGAGCUUCAUCAGUUUCUAAAGACAGUGUACUUUACAAACACCGCUGGAGAGGAUGUACACUUUGAUGAACAUGGAGAUGCAGCUCCUAAGUAUGAUCUGAUUAAUUGGAAGCCACCACGUUCAGUCUGCAGUGAGAGCUGUCCACCAGGGACCAGGAAAAUGAUGCUGCAAGAAAAGCCAGUCUGCUGCUAUGACUGUGUCCCUUGUCCAAGAGGAGAAGUUACCAAUCAUGCUGACAUGAUCAGCUGUUGGAAAUGUCCAUAUGACCAAUGGCCAAAUGAGAAGAACAAUAAAUGCACUGAAAAACAAAUGGCCUAUCUGUCCUACAAAGAACUGUUGGGUAUGACCCUUGCUUGCAGUGCUGUUCUGCUUUCUCUAGUUUCUCUGAUAACCCUUGCUGUCUUCAACUAUUAUCAGAACUCUUCGGUCAUCAAGGCCACCAACAAAAUCCUAAGUUUGCUUCUUCUAUUGUCUCUCACCGUUACAUUUUGCAGCUGUCUGGUCUUCAUUGGAUAUCCAAGAAACAUAACUUGUUUACUACGUCAAACAAUUUUUGGAAUGUCUUUUACGGUCUCUGUGUCCUCCUUGUUGGCAAAAACUAUACUUGUGGUUGUGGCUUUUCGGGCCACCAAACCGGGAAGCCAGCUGAGAAGAUUCAUGGGGCAGAAGCUUCCAUGCUCCAUUGUUAGUUUGUGCUCCUCUCUUCAGGCUGUUAUCUGUGCCUUGUGGUUGGGAACAUGUCCUCCUACCCCAUUUUUUGAUCUCAACUCUCAGCCUGGUGAGAUAGUGAUUGUAUGUGAAGAACACCUUGGAUUCUAUGUCAUGCUCGCCUACAUUGGUUGUCUUGCGUUGGGAUGUACUGUCAUAGCUUUUCCGGCUAGAAAGCUACCUGACAGAUACAAUGAAGCAAAAUUCAUUACAUUCAGCAUGUUGGUCUUCUUCAGUGCCUGGAUUACCUUCAUACCAGCGUACCUGAGCACCAAAGGGAAGUACACAGUAGCUGUAGAAGUUUUUGCCAUCCUGGUAUCUGCAGCUGGAGUUUUGUUCUGUAUUUUCUUUCCCAAAUGUUACAUACUCUUUUGUACACCAGAGAAGACAAAGAUGGCAGCAAUAAAAUGUCACAGGCUAUCGACACAGUGUUCUAUAAAAAGGUUAGUUUAG